GGCUCCGUCAGCCUGAGGCCAGGCCACUCGCCCACUCUCCCCUCCUGCCUGCCUGCCUCCGCGUAAUAAAAUCUCCCCCCUGCCUGUCUCUCUCCUCUCUCUCCCUCCCUCCCUCCCGCUGCGCCUGCGAUUCUCCCCGCUGAGAUGCGAGUGUUCUAUUCCGAAGAUUUCACUAGCGCAGAGCAACUGGCUUCCUCUGAUUCUUGACGAUCAACUAUCAGUGAACAUCACUAGACAGUUUAGUCUGUCAGAGCCUCAGAGGUCAAGUGCCUCCUGGAUCACAAUUUUUAUACUGGAGCGAGACAGUAAUGGACCGGGCAGACACAUCAGGCUUUGUUAGUGGUGGAUCAAGUGGUACUUCACUGCUCCUGAUAUUCUUUCACUUCGUCUACUCGACAGUGCACAUAUAAGAGAUCAGUAAAACCCUGAUCGUUGCUCUUCCACCACCUUCACUGUAUUUUCAAAGCAUUUAGCUUAGAUGAAUAACGGUUUUGCGGGUAUCCUGCACCGCAGAAACCAGCCUCUGAUGGAUGAUUCUGCAGUGUCAAUUGGUUUCUCAAUGACAGGUUACACAUCAGGCAGCCAUGGUCAGAGUCAGAUAACAUUUGGCCUAGACCGGUUGGGUUCAGCAAUGGACAGCAGCUACAGCCAUGGCCAGAGAGGUUUGCGGAGGUCGAGUCAUGCGCCCGCGCAAGAUGAUGGGUGCAGACUAGUCCUCGGACUGGGACCAACUCCGGAUGCUAACUCUGCUGAUCAGCAUCCUGCCGGAGCAGACAAGUCUAGAGCACCUGUGACUUUGUUUGGCCAGAGCUUCUCCUCCACUGAUCCAGGGGUGCUGAGCCUUGGGGUUCGCCAGGGCCGUAAUGCUGGAGCAAUUCAACACAGACAAAUGCCUACCGGCCACAUCAUUUCCUUUGGUGCUGUGGAUGAAGGCUCAACGUCGGCGAGGAGAAGCUCCGGUGGCUACAUGCCAUCCCUUGUCUUCGCUCCCGGGCCAAACUACGCAGCAGCUGAAGAGGCACAGGGUUUGGUAGAUCACACAGAUCACAACAGUUACGACAGUAGUACUGUUCGUGAUCAAAAUGGUUUUCGGCUCAGCCCUGAACCUUCGGCAUCCUUGACGGAGGCUUCGUUCGGCGUGAGCUCUGAUGUUGUGACCGUGGUAAGCAAUCCUGUACAGCAGGCUCAUCGCCGGCAUCCAAAGAAGUGCAGGUUCAAAGGGUGCUCCAAGGGCGCGCGAGGCGCGUCGGGCCUGUGCAUCGCUCAUGGCGGCGGGCAGAGGUGCCAGAAGCCCGGGUGCCACAAGGGCGCCGAGAGCCGCACGGCCUACUGCAAGGCCCACGGCGGCGGCCGCCGGUGCCUGCAGCUCGGGUGCACCAAGAGCGCGGAAGGGAAGACGGAUCACUGCAUCGCCCAUGGCGGCGGGCGGCGGUGCGGCUACGCUGGCUGUCCUAAAGCCGCGCGUGGCAAGUCCGGUCGGUGCAUCAAGCACGGCGGCGGGAAGAGGUGCUCCGUCGAGGGCUGCAUCAGGAGCGCCGAGGGCAGGGUCGGGCUGUGCAUUUCCCACGGCGGCGGGCGGCGGUGCCAGUACCCGGACUGCCGCAAGGGCGCGCAAGGCAGCACGCUGUACUGCAAGGCUCACGGCGGCGGGAAGCGGUGCGUCUUCGAGGGGUGCGCCAAGGGCGCCGAGGGCAGCACGCCGUUGUGCAAGGCGCACGGCGGCGGGAAGCGUUGCAUGUACGAGGGCGGCGGCGUGUGCCCGAAGAGCGUCCACGGCGGCACGGAGUUCUGCGUGGCGCACGGCGGCGGGAAGCGGUGCGCGGUGCCCGGGUGCGGCAAGAGCGCGCGCGGGCGCACGGACCGGUGCGUGAAGCACGGCGGCGGCAAGCGGUGCAGGGUGGACGGGUGCGGCAAGAGCGCCCAGGGCAGCACCGAGUACUGCAAGGCCCACGGCGGCGGGAAGCGGUGCAACUUCGGCGGCGGCUGCGAGAAGUUCGCGCGCGGCCGGAGCGGCCUCUGCGCGGCGCACGGCACGCUGGUGGCCUCGCAGCAGCGCCGCUGCGGCGGCGCCGCCGCGGCCGCGGGCAUGAUCGGGCCGGGGCUCUUCCACGGCAUCGUCCGGUCCGCCGGCGCCGCGAACGCGCACAACGAGCGCUCGUCCUCCGGGGCGAGCACGGUGUCGGACUGCGACGGCUCGCCCGUGGCCGCGGCGGGGAGGCUGGAGCUGAUCCCUCCCCAGGUGCUGGUCCCCCACUCCAUGAAGUCCUUGGCGCCGCCGCCGGAGAGGAGCAGAGAGGGUGGGGCGGCCGCUGUCCCCGAGGGGAGGGUGCACGGCGGCGGCCUCCUGACGUUGCUCGGCGGCAGCUUCCGGAACGUCGACGUCGGCAGGCUCUGAAGCAGGGAGCGCUCGAUCUUGAGGCUCGAUUAUUUCUCUACUUCUACGCGUCUUUUUCUUCACCAAAAGAGAGAGAGGGAAAGAAACUAGUACUUAGUUCUUUUUAUUAUAUACUAGCUGUUAGAUUGGCUGUCUAUAAUACAGUACAUGCUCUCUUUGCAAAUUGGACACUGGAAUUGUAUGGCGAACAUAGGGGCUGUUACAUGUUGAAUCAUUCGUGGCAGGUCCCAAAGCUUUUGGGACGCGAAAGCUGUGUAGCUGCAGUUGGUGUGAAUAAAGAUCAAUGUGUAAAAAUGGAAACUGUACUUCUUGCGACACUCUGCUGAAAUGCCAGCUGAUGGCUCUCAAGAUCAAGUUUUGAUGUGCAAUAAAUAGGCUUUUUAUGGA